AUGGCUGAUCAACGCAAAGACAAGCGAAUAAGCAUCUACAGAGUCGCUAAUCUGUGCGUUGUAUUGAUCCUGUCAUCCAGUAUCCUGUGCAUUGCCCGGCUUUUACUGGUGAAAGGAGCCGUUAGCUCGACGAUUGCUCCUGGAAUAUACAUCUCGGUUGGCUUGUCGAUCCCCACCAUCAUUGCAGCGAGCAUUCGAUGCUACCUUAUCUUCCGCCGGCGACAGCAUCUCCAAACCAUAUCACCUUCUCCCGCUCUCCCGCGGCUAGAUUCGGCUUGUGCCACCAUUGUUCAGUGUUUGAUACUCUUAUGGAUGCUGUUGGCGGGUUGCGUUCUGCUUCCAGUGGCAUUCAGAGCGCCCAUCUGCCUAUCCGAACCCUUACAACAAUGGAAGAAUGACCUUGCGGGAAACAAUUGGAGAUAUGGUCUUUCAUGCAGCCUGCACAGAACCAUCGUUGCAUUAUCAAUAUUAACAGCCCUGUCGAUGUGUGUGGUCUCGUUCUUCGACAGAUUCGACCGACAGCAGAACCAUCGAGGCUCGACUUUCCUCUGUGGUUACCGACAAGGAUCGCCGAAAGAGUCCAGAUAUAAAGACCGCGCUGGCGCCUCAUUAUCUAGCAGCCGGUCGGCCUACGAGUUCGACAAGGACGACCGUCUUUUCCUCGUCCCGGAAAGGCGCCCUUCCCGGUUCGAACGUGAACAAUGGUUACAGCGGAGGAAUAGUCUGUCCUCGCAAAGGGCCAUCUACCCUCACAAGUACCACUAUUACGACCCGCGGUCAAGAUACAUCGCACACAGCCACGCACACAGCAGUCGGUACUCGAGCACGCUGCGUUCUGUCUCGGAAGGAGCAUGUUUAGAUCUGAGUGACCGGAGCUCAUCACUUACCUCGUCUCAAUCGUCAGGCUCGCUGGCCAGAUUGUCCCGACCGUCUACAAUGGCGUCUGCGAGGUAUCGUUCCAGCAGCAAUCCUGAGAAGCCAGGGCCAACCCACAACGGUUCGUCCACACCUACUGUUCCCAGUAUUUCCCCGCUUCCAGCAGUUCCACCUCCCACAUGGUGUCCUUCGUUGCAGCAUACUCCGCUGAGCGCCGAUCCGUUCAUUAGAGCACUCAGCACUGGUGCGGUAUUGCCGCCCUCGAGAUCCACACAGACAUUGCUUGCUCCGUCGCCUCCUCGGGGAAGUAAGGACAGUGUGGCGCAGAAAACAGUGUCUGCUUGUCCAAAGGUGUCCGCCUUCAGGAAGGAGCAGAUGCCGGCGUCUGGUACUCCACCGGUGCAACCAAUGCCAACAAUGCCGCCGCCACCACCACCUUCAACAAUGCAAUCAGCAUCACAGCCUCCGACAACUGCGGUUGCCUCGCCCUCAGCAUCUCUCGGCCCCGCUCCACCCAUACCGACACGUUCACCGGGUCACCAUCUUUUUCCUUCUACGAGGUCCACAUCCACGGGCACACGAUCCAGCCUACGCCGACCGUCGCCAAUUCGCUACAGGCAGCAUCCCUCAACGUACCAGUACCAGUACCAGCGGGCUCGAGCUAGGAAUGCCAAUCCUAGUGUCAGUAUGUACUCCGCCAGUUCAUACGGCACCGAUCGAUCGGUUGGUGGAGCCGGUGCUGGUGCUGGAACUGCCAAAGUCGGCGGAAGGAAGUGA